UCUAUGGUGAAAAUGAAUGAGAACGGGGUUUCCAUGACGCUUAAAGAUAUACACUUGAGAGUUCAAACGGCGAGCUCGAAAGAACGUAAAGAGGUUAUACAAAAUAUUAUCGAUGUUUUGCGGGAACCCGAGACCAAUGACUCUGUCGUCAGAGCCGUAUGUAAGUUAUUACCGAUUACCUUACAUCGAUAUAGCGAUAAAUCCUCCCAGUCCAUCCUAAGGAGUUUGAUAAGCGAACUAGUUAAAAAACAUCCGCGGGAAUCGGUGAAGUGUAUAACGCAAAUAAUUUCGGGCUUAACGGCUCAGGUUGGCAUUUUAAAUGGAACAGAGAAUACGAGCCGAACUGCUCUUUAUAUACUAAAUUGGUCGGUCCUAAUUUUGAAAUUUGGUUGGAAAGGAGCACAGGAGGACAUUAAAAGCAACAUAUCAGACAUCGUCAGCACGCAGGCUUAUUUGUUGUCAGCUGUGAUAGCAGCGGGUAGAUUAAAACAAAAAAGGAAGGCCUAUCGAUUGCUUGACGAAAUGUGGGGCUCUAUUCCCGAAAUGGAAACUCUGUAUUUCACCACCUUAAAAACAUUGGAACAGAGUCAGUACACAGUCAUAUUGGCUGCCGCUUUGGUCAACAGAAGUUCCGGGAAUGGGGAUGUUCUAAAAGACUAUUUGGAAGUAUUUUUGGAAGCGUUAGUUAAAAACUUUAUCAAUUCCAAAGUGCCGCCGCUGCCUUCUAUAGUGAAAGCGUGCUAUCCGCUGUUGGCGGCGGCAAAUGAGGUUCAAUUGAAGAAGAUAAUCAUCCCAUCCAUGCAGAAAUCGGUACUCAGAAAUCCUGAAAUCGUGCUGGGCACUGUUGCAAUUGUUUUGGAGGGGAUUAAGAGUGAUUUAAGCAGCUGCGCUCUGGACGUGGGCAGCAACAUAAUAACCAAUUUACAUUCUAAGGAAGACAAGGUGCGUAGCGACGCCGUCAUGUGCUGUAAAGUCUUGGCGGAGCGAAUUAGCGAUGCUAAAACUAUAGAGGAACUGCUCCAAAAAACGUUCAACGUGUUCCACGGCUCCGAUGGAAAGUUAACAGUCGUGGAGCAUAAAAUUAGCGUGCUUCUGGGCGUGGGCAAUUUAAGCUAUAACAAAGUUAAGGAGGCCGACCUUCCCAGUUUAAUCCAGUCGGCGGUCUGUCAUUUGGUCAAAGUACUAGAAUCGGAGGUGCACGAAAAAUCUUUAUGUUCUGCCCUCGACGUGCUGGGUUUGUGGGGUUCCAAAUUGACAGGCGCGAUACCAAAAACUUUAAUGGAUGCUCUCAAGAAUGGUAUAAAUCUAAAAACGUCCACCCCGCUGGUGAGGAUCGCGUACCUUCAAUGCAUGCUAGUCAUUUUCAACGACGCGACGGUGUCCCAGUCAGUGCCCUUAGUUCCCAUACUAGAGAAAUCGGUCGAGAAAGCGAUCUCUCAACCCGCGCAAUCCCUCGCCCUCACCGAAGGGUUGUACGCCUCCCUAAUGGUAUUGAAAAUACCCCCGGACUGCUUGAACAAAGACUACAAUCUGUCCGCCAUUUUCGACACGGACAAGCAGCUCUUCUACACCGACAAGUACUUGUCCACCGUCAGCGAGUCGAGUUUCAUCUUCAUCGUGCAGCUGUGCGAAACGUUGCUCGUCAAGCACACGGACAAACUCAAGGGCAAGCGGCAGCCCUUGUACAAAACUAUCGUACACUGCGUCUUGUAUUCUUCGAUUGAGGUUAGGAGGAAUUGCCUGGCGAUAGUGGAAAGCGCCGUGCGGACCCCCGACGGUUCCGUUCUGGCGGUGGGGCUGCUGAAAGAGUUGGGGGAGAUGUUGGAAUCGAAUAUGAUCAAUUUUGGCAAGGAGAAUGCGGAGGGUAGCAGUUCGACUCCUCAGGCUGUCGUAGAAUGCGUCAAGACCGCGUGUUUGGGUGGGGAGCGGUCGGUGGAGUCAUUACACGCGGUAGCCGUCGAGUGUUUGGUACCCACCCAUCACGCCCAAAUCGUCUCGUCCGCACCGGGACUGUGGGUUAAAAUAAUUAGAAGGUUCGAUGUCGCGUGCAAGGAUUUGAUACGCGCGUGCGCGGAGAAGCUGAAAAGGCGCUUCGUCGAAGACUAUAAAGUUUCUCAGACGUACGAGAAUAUAAUAUCCACAUUGGCGGCGUUGAACGCCGAAACCAUUUUACCGCCUCUCAUCGAGAAGAUCAGAUCGAACCUCGAAGACCCGAGACUGUGCCAGGUGUCGACUGACGACUACUUCAUUUACCUGACCCCAGAGGGCGAGCUGUACGACAAGAGCGUCGUGCCCGGCGACGAGACCAACGCCGAAAUGAACCUGAAACGCGAGAGCAAGGCGUACAGCUACAAGGAGCAGCUCGAAGAGCUGCAGCUUCGUCGCGAACUCGAAGAGAAAAAGAAACGGGAAGGCAAAGUGAAGCCGCCUCAAUACACCGCCAAACAGUUGGAGGCGAUAAAAAAUCAAAGGCUCAAGGAGCAGGAAAUCAGGAGACGAGUAACAGAGCUGAACGAGACGAUACGCGCUACCGUGUCGAUCAUAAGCGCCGCUUCGAAGGGGAACUCGCGGAAAUUCUCCCUGUGCUACAAAGACCUGGUGCCUCUCGUGCUGCAGAACCUGCAGUCACCGCUUGCGGCGCCGUACUUGUCGAAACUGUUCCUGGAACUGAGGAGCGGCGUCUUCCCGAGGGACAUGGACCGCGUCGGCGAACUAAUCGCUUACGUCAUACUGAGACUGUGCAAACCCAAGUGCGAUCUCGACGCGAACUGGGAAGUGGAAAACUUGAACCGGGCCAUGGCGAGGACGGUGGACCUCAUUCACGCGCGCACCAUGCCGAAGAGGUCCGAUGAGGAUGAGGACGACGACGCCGGUUACACCAAAGCGUCGAGGUUUUCCGCGCCUGCGUUCAGCUACAUCUUCCCGUUACUCAACCACGGUCUGACGUCGAACUACGCGAAGAAUCACGACGAGCUGGUGCACCAAGGUUUGCACGUGAUCACCGAACACGCGAAGCUGAGAGGGAAGGAGAACAACGGCGUGACCGACGUUUACCAUCCGAAAUAUUUGCCCAUCAAACAGAUGUUCAUUUUGCUGGUCGAUAUAAUAAGUAGUACCUCGGGCAGGGUACAGUCGCAGUGCGAGGCCUGUUUCUUGGAGGUGGCCGGCUGCGUAAGCGGCGAGCCCGGCUGCGCAGAAGCCACUCUGGACGAGAUCGACAUCCUGCUGGCCGCGCUGCAGAGUCACACGGCCGUGGUUCGAGACGCGGCGUUGAGAGGUCUACUGGCGGUGAGGUCGUGCCUACCGAACCUCGAACGGGACUACGAGUACGCGCUGAAGCUGUACAAACGCGUGUGGAUCGCGAGGUUUGACGAAAACGAGGAAAAUAGAAUUCUAGCCGAAAAUUUAUGGAACGCUGCUCGAAUGGAGACGCCUUCCGACUUGAACCCGGAACUUAUCAAUGACGUCGAACAUCCUGUCGAUUGUGUGCAGGCGGCCGCGGCCGAAGCCCUGGCGGCCGUUUUGCGAAAAGAUCGCGACCAAGUCGAGCCCACCGCGCAAAUAUUGCUCAAACUCUAUCGGGACCGCCUCAAAAUGAUUCCCGCCAAGCUGGACGAGUUCGGACGCGAGAUCGAGAAGGCCACCGACACGUGGUUCCCGCGAAGGGGCGUGGCCCUCGCUAUCGGCGAGCUCGCGCCCCUGAUCCGUCCCGAAUAUGUCGGCGAGCUGAUGCAGUUUUUCGUCUUCACUUCUCUAAGCGACAGGAACGACACGGUGCAGAAAGAGAUGCUCAACGCAGCGCUCAAGGUCGUUAACAUUCACGGGAAGGAAACGGUCGGUAUCCUGUGGCCGGUGUUCGACAACUUCAUGAGUAGCACGUCGAAAUCGGCCCACUAUGAUGCUGUGAAACAAGCGGUGGUGGUGCUGAUGGGUUCUCUAGCGCGGCACCUCGAGAAAGACGAUCCCAGGAUCAAACCGAUCGUGUCGCGGCUGAUCCAGGCUCUCUCCACGCCCUCUCAGACCGUUCAGGAAGCCGUCGCGAACUGUCUACCCCCCUUGGUUCCUGCCGUGAAGGAAGAAGCGCCCGGUUACAUCAACAAACUGCUCCAUCAACUGCUCAAAGCGGACAAGUAUGGGGAACGCAAGGGGGCGGCUUACGGUUUGGCGGGUCUCGUCAAAGGUAUGGGCAUCUUGGCGCUGAAACAGUUCGAUAUCAUGACGAAACUGACCGACGCCAUCCAGGAGAAGAAGAACUACAAGCAUCGGGAAGGGGCCCUGUUCGCGUUCGAGAUGCUCUUUCAAAUGCUGGGCAAGCUGUUCGAGCCCUACAUCGUCCACGUGCUACCCCACCUGCUUCAGUGCUUCGGCGACACGAGCCAGUACGUGAGGGCGGCGGCAGACGACACGGCCAAAGUGGUGAUGAGCAAGUUGUCCGGUCACGGGGUGAAACUGGUGCUGCCUUCUUUACUCAACGCCCUCGAGGAAGAUUCGUGGCGUACCAAGACCGGUUCGGUCGAGUUGCUGGGCGCGAUGGCCUACUGCGCUCCUAAACAGCUGUCUUCGUGUCUGCCCAGCAUCGUGCCGAAGCUGAUCGAGGUGCUGAGCGACUCCCACAUGAAGGUGCAGGAGGCGGGCGCGGCCGCGUUGAAGGUUAUCGGCUCCGUCAUCCGCAACCCCGAGAUUCAAGCUAUCGUGCCGGUGCUACUGAAAGCGCUCCAAGAUCCGUCGAACAAGACGUCCGUAUGCCUGCAGACGCUGCUCGACACCCAGUUCGUCCAUUUCAUCGACGCCCCCUCCCUCGCGCUCAUCAUGCCGGUGGUGCAGCGCGCUUUCAUGGACCGUUCGACGGAAACGAGGAAAAUGGCCGCCCAGAUUAUAGGCAACAUGUACUCGCUGACCGACCAGAAGGACCUGAUGCCUUAUCUGCCCACCAUCAUACCCGGACUUAAAACCUCGCUGCUGGAUCCGGUACCGGAAGUGCGAUCGGUGAGCGCGAGGGCGCUAGGUGCCAUGGUACGGGGUAUGGGGGAGGCGACCUUCGAAGAUUUGCUGCCGUGGCUGAUGCAGACCUUAACGUCGGAGUCGAGCUCCGUCGAUAGGUCGGGCGCGGCCCAGGGCUUGUCCGAGGUGGUCGGCGGAUUGGGUGUGGAAAAAUUGCACAAACUGAUGCCAGAAAUCAUAAGCACGGCCGAAAGGACGGACAUCGCGCCCCACGUGAAGGACGGCUACAUCAUGAUGUUUAUCUACAUGCCGGUGGUGUUCACCAACGAUUUCACGCCCUACAUCGGCCAGAUUAUCAACCCGAUUUUGAAAGCGCUGGCGGACGAAAACGAAUAUGUCCGCGAUACGGCACUGAAAGCCGGCCAGAGGAUCGUCAAUCUAUAUGCGGACUCCGCCAUUUUGUUGCUGCUGCCCGAACUGGAGAAGGGGCUGUUCGAUGAAAACUGGAGGAUUAGAUACAGCUCGGUGCAACUGUUGGGCGACCUGCUAUACCGCAUAUCCGGCGUAACCGGUAAGAUGAGUACCGAAACGGCCAGCGAGGACGACAACUUCGGCACCGAACAGUCGCACAUGGCCAUCAUCAAAGCCUUGGGGGCGGAACGCCGCAACAGGGUACUGGCCGGCCUCUACAUGGGCCGGUCAGACGUCGCCCUGAUGGUACGUCAGGCCGCCCUCCACGUAUGGAAGGUGGUGGUGACGAACACACCGCGAACACUGCGCGAGAUCUUGCCUACCCUCUUCAGCCUGCUUCUAGGUUGUCUCGCCAGCGACAGCUUCGACAAGAGGCAAGUCGCGGCGAGGACCCUGGGCGACCUCGUCAGGAAGCUCGGCGAGAGGGUGCUGCCCGAAAUCAUCCCCAUUCUGGAGCGGGGCCUGCAGUCCCCACAACCGGACCAGCGACAGGGCGUGUGCAUCGGCCUGUCGGAAAUCAUGGCGUCUACCUCGAGGGACAUGGUGUUGACGUUCGUCAACUCUUUGGUGCCGACCGUGCGUAAGGCUCUUUGCGAUCCGUUGCCCGAAGUGCGACAGGCGGCCGCGAAAACAUUUGACAGUUUGCAUUCGACCGUUGGAUCGCGCGCCCUCGACGAUAUCCUGCCAGCGUUGCUCAAUCAGUUGAACGACAGCGAUCCGGAUGUCGUCGAGUGCACAUUGGAUGGGCUCAGGCAGGUGAUGGCGAUAAAAUCGCGGGUCGUUUUGCCGUACUUGGUGCCGCAACUCACGGCCCCGCCCACCAACACCAAGGCGCUGUCGAUACUGGCGUCGGUAGCUGGAGAGGCACUCAACAAGUACUUGCCGAGAAUACUGCCCGCGUUACAGCUCGCGCUGGCCAACUCGAAAGGCACGGCGGAAGAAGUUCAGCAAUUGGAGUACUGCCAAGCGGUUGUACUGUCGGUGACCGACGAGGUGGGCAUCCGCACUAUCAUCGACACGAUGUUGGAGAACACGAGGAGCGACAACGCCGACCAGAGACGCGCGGCCGCCACCCUCCUCUGCGGCUUUUGCGCAAACUCGAAGGCGCAGUACACGGCACACGUGCCGCAACUGUUGCGCGGUCUUAUCCACCUCUGCACCGACAGCGAUAAAGACGUGCUACAGAUGUCGUGGGAGGCGCUUAACGCCGUCACCAAGUCGUUGGAGCCGAAACAACAAGCGACGUACGUGUCGGACGUGAGGCAGGCGGUUCGUUUCGCGAUGUCCGACAUCAAAAACAACUCUGACGUGUUGCCCGGCUUCUCGCUACCCAAAGGUAUCGCUCCCAUACUGCCCAUAUUCCGGGAGGCCAUCUUGAACGGCGACGGGGACGAGAAAGAGGCCGCCGCGCUUGGUCUCGGCGAGGUGAUCAGGGUGACGAGCGCCUCCGCCCUCCAGCCGAGCGUCGUCACCAUCACCGGACCUCUCAUCAGGAUCCUGGGCGAUCGGUUCAGCGCCAACGUCAAGACGGCCGUGCUCGAAACGCUCGCCAUUUUGUUGGCCAAGGUCGGGCCGAUGCUCAAACAGUUCCUGCCUCAAUUGCAGACGACUUUCGUCAAGUCCCUGAACGAUCAGAACCGAGUGGUGCGGCUCAAGUCGGCCGCCGCGCUGAGUCGUUUGAUCGUCAUCCACCAGAGGGCGGACCCGUUAUUCAUGGAGCUGCACAACAUGAUCAAGAACGUCGAAGACGUCGCGGUCAAGGAAACGACUUUGCACGCUCUGAGAUGUAUAGUCACCCCUGCUGGCGACAAAAUGUCGGAACCGGUGAAAAAGCAGAUCAUGGCCACGCUCCUGACUUAUCUCGGUCACCCGGAAGAUACGCUGAGGAAAUGCGCUGCCGGCUGUCUCGGCGCUUUAUGCAAGUAUCUACCACCAGACCAGUUGGACGCCCUACUUUCAGAUCACAUUCUCAACGAUGAUAGUUCCCAAAACACGACGAUCCGCGAGGGUAGGGCUUCAGCGCUGACGGUCGCGUUAAAAGAAGCACCCGAGCGUCUAUGGGACGACCAAUACAGAACCAAACUAAUCCAAACUCUGCUGGGAGAGCUGCAAUCCCCAGUCGUGGCCCUAACGCAGAUCGGCAUUAGGUCUUGCGGCUACCUCCUGCAGUACCUGCUGAUGGCAGAAGAACCGAUACCUAGCAACCUGCUGACGCCCUUCGUAAGGACCAUGAACAACGCGAACAACGAGGUGAAGCAGCUGUUGGCGCGAGUGUGCUUCCAUUUGGGCAAGGUGACACCCGAUGAGAAGAUGUCUGCGGAUAUUUUAAGACUGCUGCUACCGACGCUGGUGAACGGCACGAAAGAGAAGAACGUUUACGUGAAGGCGAACUCGGAAAUCGCCUUGAUGGCGGUGUUGCGACUGAAAGACGGCGACGCUAUGUUUCAGAGGUGCUUGGGCGUGUUGGACGUGGGAGCGAGGGAAUCGCUGGGCGACGUCGUCAGCAAAGUGCUGAGGAAAAUGCUCGCCCAACCGGAAGGCAAGGAAGAGGACUUGGACGACACAAUACUGACGUGAUCUGACGCCGCGACGCACGCAGGUCCGCCUCACCGUUCGACGUUGUUAAUAUUUUUUACGUUUAUUGUCCCCACGGUUUUAUUUCGUUUCCUAGUUGAGUAUGUAAAUUUCCAAGAAUAUAACAUUAAUUUAU